AGAAGUUGCUUGGCAAAUAGCUGAACAGAAUAAAGUUGGGCAGGAGAGCCAGACUAGGAGAAUGCUGGCAGGAAGAAGGGCAGACUGAGGAGUUGCCAUCGUGACGCUCAGGAAGCACGACGUGUAGAAAAUGAGCAGUGACAAAGCACCGCGUGGUCCACUCACCAGCUUGCCAAUGAUCCAGCUCAUCGUCACUCCCUCAAAUGCGCUUGCAGAUGAGCCCGUGUCCAUCCUAGCAACUGGUCUGCCUCCACUGCAGUUAGUGACCAUCAAGGCAACACUGAAGGAUGAGAAGGGGAAUCUGUUCCAAUCCAGAGCCUUCUACAGGGCCAAUGAGGCUGGCGAGGUGGACCUGGAGCGGGCAGCGGCCUUGGGGGGUGACUAUGUAGGAGUUCAUCCAAUGGGCCUCUUUUGGUCUCUGAAGCCCAAACGGCCUUUCCAGCGACUGAUGAAGAAAGAGGUGAUGAACAGCCCAUUUUGUAUCACUCUGGACCUGUAUGACUCUGUUGCCUUGGAAGAUUCAGCCACAAUUAGACCCAAGGCCAGUCAGAUAGUGCAGCGCUGGUUUGUAGGCACUGGGGUUCAGCGGAAGGAGAUCCGAGAAGGUCGCAUACGCGGAGCCCUUUUUCUCCCUCCAGGAGAAGGUCCUUUCCCAGGAAUUAUUGACUUGUUCGGGAUUAUUGGAGGUCUAAUUGAAUUCCGCGCCAGUCUUUUGGCUUCCCGUGGCUUUGCAGUGCUGGCUUUAGCGUACUUUGCCUAUGAAGGCCUGCCUGACAAACUGCUGGAGACCGACUUGGAGUAUUUUGAAGAAGCUGCUGAUUUCCUACUAGCUCAUCCCAAGAUCCAACAACCAGGAAUUGGUGUGAUCUCCGUGUGCAAAGGUGCAGAGAUCGGGCUGGCCAUGGCCUGCUAUCUGAAACAGGUGGUUGCCACUGUCUGUAUCAAUGGGCCCAAUGCCAUCUUACACAUUCCCCUAAGGUAUCGGGAUCUUGUUAUGCCACCCAGCCAAUGGGUUCUGGAGCACAUCCAAAUUCAUGCUUCAGGGGCUAUGCAAUUACGUUCCUUUAUAGAUUACUCCAUAAAUAGGUUGAACCCACAGAGUAUACUUCCUGUGGAAAAAGCCCGAGGGUGGAUCCUCUUCAUUGUAGGAGAGAAUGACGAAUGUUUGGAUAGCAAGGCAUAUGCACAAGGGGCUAUGGACCAGCUGCAGAGCCAUGGGAGAAGCAAUGGAAGAAUGCUGGCAUACCCUGGAGCAGGUCACCUCAUAGAGCCACCCUAUUCUCCCUGUUGCUUUGCAUCCUGGACCCUUGAGUCGGCUAACCCAUUUCUUUGGGGAGGAGAUACCAUUGCUCAUGCAGCAGCCCAGGAACACUCAUGGAGGGAGAUCCAGAAGUUCUUCAGGCAACACCUUUCUCCAUCUGGAAGCAAACUCUAAGCAAAGGGUGUGACCAUGCCCAGGUAGGGGUCAGGAAGUGAGUCGGAGAAGAGGGUGGAAUUUGUGUGAGGAUAAUAGCAUCAGUUAGGGAUUGGAGGGUAGGGAUGGGGAACAGUAUUCCUUACAUCACAUUUAUUCCCAUUCAACUGGAAGAAAAUGAGAGAAAAGACCAGGACACGUGUGCAUCUGAGGUGUUUCUGAUAGGUUUGCAUGUCGUUUGAAAUUUUAUAGAUUAAAUUGGAAUAUAUUGGUAUUCAGAAAUUAUGAUAUUUUUGCAAGCUGAUAAACACUGUUCAUAUAUAUCCAGUUAAGAAUUCAUUUGAUCUAGGCAUUUCCAAUCCAAAAUGAAGUCUCUAAAACUGCCAACUUCUUUCUACUACAUUCUAACUUAAGCUGUUUUAAGUUGGAUUUCUGUUGCUUGUAAUGAACAUUCUAGCAUGUCAAGCAUAAUGCUUGCUGUAGAUAUCAAGUAGAUAGCUUUUUUUUAAAAAAAAAGUAGGAUGCUUCUCUUUAUUCUAGGUAUAUAUUACUACUUUAAAUUAAGAAUACAAUUAAAUUUAAUCAAGAGCCAUUGCAAAACUUAUUGAAGCUGAGUGAGUUAACGCAAACAAGGCCUUUCGAGCAGUGUGCUAUGGGAUCUUCUUGUGCACUGCAUAGAUUUGUCACUCAAGUUGGUUUAAUAACAUUUUGAUUGUCCUGCAGACAGGCAGGAAGUAUAGGCAGGGCAAGCAACUUAAGGAUGAUGGGAAGGAGUAGGGUGGAGUCAGGAGUCGCCUGCCAGGUACAAAGGAAGCAGGAGAUGAGUGUGUCAUGCUAAUAAAGGUACCACUAAGUGGAAGAGCAUAAAGAAGAAUAUGGGGGGGGGUAACUUAAAAUGAAGGAGUUAGCUAGUAAUAAGCCUGAGCUAUCAACCGAGCAUUUAUAAGUAAUGUCUCCAAGUCAAUUAUUCGGGAAGCUGUCACCAGGUAUUUCGGAACAGGUGGGGCGGGAGAGAAACGUCUGAUUACAACAGCGUCUGGCAGAUAGCUCUCAGCUAUCAGUGUCAGCUCUUCUGGUUCUCAUAGUGAGUUUUUCUAUAGUUUCAUGAUGCUUUCCUCUUCCGUUCUCCUGGUCUGGUGAGUCUCGUUCAUCAGUCACUACUUCUGUAUGUUCAUUUAGUUUGAAUAGAUAAAAUUCUUGCCUUGAUUAACAAGGAUGCUCAGGUUUCUUUUGGAGCCAAUGCCACUAUUUAUAUUUCUACAGAAUUUCAUUUAUUCUCUAGAACAUUCUUUCUUCAUAUUUCAUUUUUACAUAGGCUACUAUUUAUCUGUUUUCUUUUUCCUCCCAGUCAGACUUACAUAGACAUUUCCCUAUCUUACUUAUCUUUUCAAAUGGUGACUCUGAUUCACUUAUUGGUCAAAUCUUUUAAAAUGUAUUUGUUAGUUUAUUAUGUUUUAAGUUAAAUUAGUUCAUGUUCCUAUCUUCCUUCCUUCCUUCCUUCCUUCCUUCCUUCCUUCCUUCCUCUCUCUCUCUCUCUCUCUCUCUCUCUCUCUCUCUCUCUAUCUUUCUUUCUUUCUUUCUUUCUUUCUUCCUCGUUGUUGUUUGUUGCUUCUGAUAUGUGUUGUUCUCUUUAUUUUUAUUUCUACUUUCUGUUCCUUUGUGACACAAAGGCAGUUUUACCAAAGUACAAAAGGCCACAGUGUGGAAGGGGCAGGAGAGGAGGAAUGUCACUUUGCCAUGGAAGGAUUAAAUAGGCCCUACCCAGACCCACCACUCACAUUGGUCAGUAAAAAGGGACAGUUUGACAGGAUGGACUUCAUGGAAGAAGUCAUGGGCAUUGAUGGUACUGCUAUCAUGGUCUUUACAUGGUCUUUACAGUAUGUUGAACUCUAGCCUAAUCAAGCCUUUGAUCAUUUGCCAGCAUUGCGGCAGGAGAGCAAGUUAAUCAUCACCAUGAGUAAGCAAGUCCAAACUGCAAGUUAUUAUGUGGGUCGACUGUUCUAGAACUUCAGCAAUUAAUUUCAUGGGUACCACUAAGUUAGGCUAGGAAAAGUAAGUCCAGGACUAUAGAAGACUUUAAAAAAUGCUCCAAAAGGCCUUUACCUAAGCAGAGUGACUGCAAAAAGAAAUCGGGGGGCGGGGAGGGGGGAUAUAAGUUAAACAUUUGUUUAACAGCUAACAGUGACAUUAGUGCGAUGUUUUGUUGUAUAUGUUUACAUCAUGGCCUGCCACUUUAAGUCUCUGUUCACGCAAAGAGACCAAGUCCCAGCCUGGAAAAAUUAGGCCCCUACUCACUGAAGCCUUCACACUCCUUGCCUCUAUCCUCCCGACCUCUGUAACAGAUAGUUAAAAAAGACUAUGUGGCCUCAGGCCUGCCCACUGCUCCUCUCUCUCCCUGCUCCUACACCCCCCCCCUCUGUAACAGACAAUUAAGAAGACUGAAGCCUCACAGUCCCUCACCCCCAAAACUGCAGGAGAGGUAUAUGGCUCUACUGGGUACUAAGCAUAUAGGCUAUGAUGAAAUGUUACAUGAAUUAAAUCACAUGGAAUUAAAGUUCCCACCUGUCCCUCACAACUUAGGAAAACCGGGGUGGCUCUUUGUUUGGGGGAUUUAUAUGGAACCUUGCCCAUCGAUAACAAGGUACCUCUCUGUUAGCAUGAGCUGGCCCUCUCUAGUAAAGUGCCUCUUCAGGUUUGAACUAAAAAGCAAGCCUCCCUUGUCCUCUCUGCUAGUGUAGUUCAUUUCUGAAGGGUAAUUUUAUUUCUGCUCUCUUUGUAAACCUGCCACUCCUUGAGUUCCAAUAAUAUGUAUUUAUUCAGGAAUUAUCACACCAGGCUAAUUUAAAUAUCACCUCACAUACUGAUGAUGCUUUUGUACUGAAUCUGUUCUCUUUGUGAUUUUGAUAUACAAGAAUGUUAUUAUUAACUAUGGUCAUUAUGUUGUUGAAAAUAUCUCUUUUUUGUCUAAUUCAUAUAUUUAAGUCAUUAUUUUUCAUUACUCCAUAGAAUAACUUGAAUAUGACCCAUGUCUUCCUAGAGUAAUUUGAAUAUAAAUUAAUAUUAAAUGAUAUCAAGAAAUGACACUAAGAAAUUGUUAUGACAUUGUUUUACGUGAUGAUGGUUAUUAUGGUUACAUAAAAAUUUAGAGACUUAUAUUGAAGUAAUCAGCAGUGGCCAGUUUUGGUAUGUGGGUAUUAUUAUAGGAGUCAGAAAUAUUGAAAAAAAUCAAAAUUACUGCAAAAGACUUUGGAUGGUGUCUUGAAUAAGCUCUGUUAUAAUAUUCUAUUUGCCUUUAUGUAUGCCUGCACAUUUUUCAUAAUAAAGAGCUGAAAAUUGUA